AUGGAUACAGAUCUUGGCCCCACCUACCUUGGAUCAGACCCAGAUUCUCACACUAGCUGCUACGUCGCUUAUCGAGUUUCCGGUUGUUGCACAGCCUUGAUGGGGGAUGAAGACCUUCCCAGGGAGCCUAGGAGAGUGCUGAUCCACCGGGGUUACGGCCUGGGUUUUAACAUCGUGGGAGGAGAGGAUGGAGAGGGGAUCUUUAUCUCCUUCAUCCUGGGGGGGCCUGCCGACCUCAGCGGAGAGCUGCGCAAGGACCAGAUCCUCAGCGUAAAUGGAGUGGAUCUGCGUAUCGCCACCCAUGAGCAGGCUGCUGCAGCCCUGAAGAACGCUGGCCAGACUGUCACCAUCAUUGCCCAGUACAGACCAGAGGAAUACAGCCGUUUCGAAGCGAAGAUCCACGACCUGAGGGAACAGCUGAUGAACAGCAGCAUGGUACUCGUUAAUACUGCAUUAUAUACUAUAUACAACCCCAAGAGAGGCUUCUACAUCAGGGCCCUGUUUGACUAUGAUAAGACAGCAGACUGUGGUUUCCUGAGCCAGGUGGGCUUCAGGUUUGGUGACGUGCUCCAUGUCCUGGACUGUGGUGAUGAGGAGUGGUGGCAGGCCAGACGGGUCAGCCCGCCGACAGAAGCUGAGGAGGUCGGCUUUAUUCCCAGCAAACGCAGGGUAGAAAGGAAAGAGUGGUCUCGCAUGGGCACCAAAGAAAGGGAUCGCAGUCGAGACAGCCUCGGGUCUCAAGGGAGGGAUGAUUCUCAACACAGCUAUGAAACAGUCACACAAGUGGAGGUCCAUUAUGCCAGGCCCAUCAUAAUAUUGGGUCCCAUAAAGGACAGGGUAAAUGAUGACCUGCUGUCGGAGUUCCCUGACAAGUUUGGAUCUUGUGUCCCUCACACCACACGGCCCAAGCGUGAGUACGAGGUGGACGGGCGGGACUACCACUUUGUGUCGUCACGGGAACAAAUGGAGAAGGACAUCCAGAGCCACCGUUUCAUCGAGGCGGGCCAGUACAACAGCCACCUGUACGGCACCAGCGUUCAGAGCGUSCGCCAGGUGGCAGAGCAGCAAGGAAAACACUGUAUACUGGACGUGUCGGCCAAUGCUGUCCGCAGACUACAGGCCGCUCAGCUUCACCCCGUCGCCAUCUUUGUCCGGCCCAAGUCACUGGAGAAUGUCCUAGAGAUCAACACUCGACUGACAGAAGAGCAGGCCAGAAAGGGCAUGGACCGCGCUCUCAAACUGGAACAGGACUUUCUAGAGUGUUUCUCAGCUGUGGUGGAAGGCGACAGCUUCGAGGAGGUUUACCACAAGGUGAAGACGGUGAUCGAGGAGCAGUCGGGGCCUUACAUCUGGAUCCCUACCCGGGAGAGGCUGUGAGGCUGCCCCAUAACCCCAACCACCCUCAGACAGUCUGCCCUCCAGCCCAACCAGGGCAGAGAGACAGAGAGAGAAGGACACCGAGACAGACAGACAGAGGGACACGUGAAGAUAGAGACAGGAGGGGAAACAUAAUCACACACAGAGAGAGAGACACAGAAUAACACUAAAAGAGACACAUGAAUAGAAACACAGAGAGAUAGACAUGGACGGUAUUUAAUAAAUAUGAAUAUAUUAUCAAUGUGUGGUGAGUACUGAGAAAGACUGGACAGGGGUGACCCAGUUGGGUGUGGCAGGGCAGGGCAGGGGGCGUCCCUGGGAUUAGCACAGGGUAAAUGAUCCACCAUCUCUCCCUCUCCUUCUCUCUGUCUCAUUGGCUGCCUUUGACAUCCCCGCCGACAAGGUGGCAAAACCAUCAGCAUCCAUCUGAUCCUUCCUUUUUUAUAUCCCUUAGCCUUCUCUCCUCCUCCUUCUCUCCUCCUCCUAUCUCCCCUCUCUCCUUUCAGGACAUGAAAAGGAGGGAGAGCGAGAGAGAGAGAGAAGGAGAGUGAAUAGACUAUGGAAGGACACACAGAUCCUAGUGGGUUCCUCUAAUCCAGAGGAGGCUCUUUUCUAGUGAAGAGGCUUUGCUCUAUGAACAACAUCCCACUAACCAAGACUGGCAUUUGCUCAAUCACCCACGAAAAGCAUUGCAAGGACAUUUUUUAAAAGCAGCACAAAUUAAAACUCAAAAGUUGAACUUGUGCAUGCGUCCUCAGAGGACUCAGAGAUGGGAGUUGAGGAAAAUGAUGGAUAUUAAGAAGAACCAAUAGAGAAGAAGAAGAAUGGCCACCCGUCUUUCUGUUUUCCCCUACAUUUUGAUGUGGGAGGUUUUUAGCAUGUCUCAACAGAGAGAGGAGCAGAGCGGUGCAGACAGGGAAAGAGGGGGGUGUCUUUCUUGUGUGCAAACUCACUGUGUGCAUUGACAAUGGAAGACCUCACAGUAUAACCACUGGGUCUCUUCUGUACCGCACACACAGUCAGCUGUACAGUAGUUCUAAUCCACCUGGCUGUUCUCCAAAAGCACUGGUUGUUCUGCUUGUUUGCAACAGACAGGCAGAUCCCAGGCUGAAUGUUCUCUUAAUGCACAACAGCAGAAUUCUUAUGUUCAGCUCCUUAGUGUGAAGAGCCCUGCAGCCAAUUCUCUGUUCACUCUUCCAAAAAGACCCCUCAACAACCCACACACAGUGUUCUCACUGGCCGCUCUGAGCAGUGGUGUGUGUGUGUGUGUGUGUGUGUGUGUGUGUGUGUGUGUGUGUGUGUGUGUGU